AUGAAGAGUAGUCGCAGCAGUGUGUGUCGCUACUGGAGACAAGGAAGGUGUAACAGAAACCCUUGUAGGUUCGUGCACGGAGAUCCGCAGCCGGCUGCAACGAAGGUGGUGGAACCUCUGCCGCCAUCUUCGAAUUGUCAUCGGUCCAAUGUCUAUCGUGCACCUCAAACUCAAAAGACUCAAGCUUUGGCUCCUGGUGUUCUGCGGAGGAAGCUAUCAUCCCCUGAAGAAGAUAGGGUCUCCAAGAGAACCAAAAGCACUGAGGUAGUUGCUGCCACAUCCCAGAAGAGUCAAGAGAGAUCUGUUGAUCUCGAACUCCCAUCUCAAUCCCCAUCUGAACCAGCUGCUGAAAGCACUACUAGUUCUCUGAAGCCAGAAGAUGAAGCUGCUGCUGUAGUUGUCGUCCCCACUGCUAGUGAACGCACUGAAGAGAAGGAGGCUGCUAGUUCUCCGAAGCCAGAAGCAGAAGCUGCUGCUGUAGUUGUCGUCCCCACUGCUAGUGAACACCCUGAAGAGAAGGAGGCUGCUUGUUGUCAAGAUUGGAUGUCUGGAAAUUGUGGCAGAGGGGAGAACUGUCAAUUCCUACACUCAUGGUGCCGUGGAGAUGGAUUUUCAAUGCUAGCAAGACUAGUUGAAGAAGAGCAUGACGGUGAAAAGAAGUCUAUUUCUGGGAUUGGGUACCCUGCAGGAUCUGACAAGCUAUAUUCAGCAACCAGUGGUGGAGUGGUACGUGCUUGGGAUUGCCAUACUGGUUUGCUUGCCGGGACUGCAAAUGUUAGUGACUACAAGAUCGGAUGUUUGAUCAGCGAUGGAGAUUGGGUGUUUGUUGGUUACCCCAAUGGUGUCAAAGCAUGGAACUUUAAAUUAGGGGUUUAUCAUGACCUCACAAGUUCAAAUGGUCAAGUCAAUGCCUUGGAGUUUGGGUUGGAUGCCUUGUAUGCUGGAGCUGAAGAUGGAGCAAUUUUGGUUUGGAAAGGAUUUGCUGAUCAGCAGGCCAAUCCCCAAUUUCAGCAGCCUGCAACUUCCCUAAGAGGCCAUGGAAGUGCAGUUACUUGCCUCAGAGCUAGCAUAAAUGGUGAUUUGUAUAGAAGAUUAUAUUCUGGUUCGAUGGAUGGGACCAUCAAGGUGUGGGAUUUGAACACCGAGGAGUGCAUUCAAACACUCAAGGCACACGAUGGUGCUGUGACGUCUGUUAUCUGCUGGAAUACGGCCCUGGUGUCUUGCUCACUGGAUAAGAAGGUCAAGUUCUGGGGUUGCGCUGAAGAUGACAGUGAUGAUAUAAGCCUUUUGUACACACAUGAAGAGGAAAGUGCUGCAGUUGCUCUUGGUGGGAUGAAUGAUUCCGAAGGAAAACCAGUCUUGUUCUGUUCGUGGAGCAACUCUAGUGUUGGGUUAUACGAGUUGCCAACACUCGAAGAGCGUGGAAGGAUUUACUCACAGAAGGAAGUAAGAGCAAUUCGAAGUGGGCCUGACGGUUUGUUUUUCACAGGGGACGCAAAUGGUGUCGUCAGCGUCUGGAAGUGGGCUAAAGCUGAUGCUGCUUGA